GCAUUUCAGCAGGUGGGCAAUGCCAUCAGCCCAGUUCAUGCUUGGAUUCAAUUGGCCAAGACUCAUGUUCUGUUGGGACCUUUAUCUAUGUUCAGGGUAGGAGUGGAUAAGUCGGUAGUGCUGAAGUCCAUUCUUGCUAAAGCGAUCAAGCUGUCGGCUUUCCAACCUGACUUUGAUGGUUCACUUGAGUUCUUGAAGCCAGUGGUUGAAGAAAUUGAGGAUGAUCUCAGUCCGCAGCCCAAGCGUCCCAAGACUGGAAGCGUCGCGCCACCUGAGGUAUCUCCAACAAUUACGUUCAAGAUCGACGCUGGUGGCAGCGCUGAAGUUGGUACAGCGCACAGAGAUGUUGAGCCACGGUUUGUGAUCGACAAAACCAAUGUCACCGCAUUGCAUGGUUUUUGCAAAGGUGGUAUCAUGUUCUUCAAGCAUUUUCAAAACAAUUGGUUGAUGGUGAUUCAUGGGUCUGUUGAUGAGAAGUUGGGUUCUUACGUCUGUAGAGCUCUACCUCAUGCCACGAUUUCCCAUUUCUUGGCAUUCCAAUGCAGAGGCAAAGAGGUGUUAUGGGACGAGGUUCUUACUUUUGCUCCCCCUGCCACGGUCACAUUUCAGCCACAGGAGAUUUCAGUCAACUGUGCAUUGCCUGGGGAAUCUCAGGUAACGUUGAAUGCUGAUGUGACAUGGACCAUUCGCACUGUCCUUGCCUUUCUGGGGGCUCAUUUGAAAUGCAAUGUAGAUGCACUCAGGGUGUAUUUUCAGGGUCUCCCAAUCAAUGAAUGUGACUUUGUCACGGAAUUCAAAGAUCCCAAUUUUCAGUUGCAGUUCAAAGCUUGCCAGCCUGGAUACACUGCUUUGAGCCUCAAUCACGAGACAACAAAGGAAGCAGGAAUGAUCCCUGCACACAAUGGUUGCAUCCGUUUUGUUGCGAAGCAUCCGGCCCAUAAGAUCAUGCGCUCCACAUGUGUGACUGCACCAGCAUCAAUUGCAUCCGUUGUGCGUACACUUUUCCCGGACCUGUGUGCUUCGGUCACUUGGACUGUUCAUGUACAAGGUGUGCCAGUUAGCCCGGAUGCACAGGUGAAUGUCGACACCGAGUUUGUCAUUGAGUGGGACUGUUUCAAGCCACUGGCACCAACCCAUGUGAUUGCUGCAAGUUUUUCACUGCCAGUAGAUUCAGCGCAGACUCAAAUGAAAUUUCACAACAGCCCACAGAGAUGGAUUAGGUCUCCUUUUCGUGCAAAGGCUCAGAUCCUGCGUACGCGGGAAGAUGUGCCUGUCAUGCAAAUAGCUGCCAGCUUUGUUUCCCAUGCACAACUCGACAUCACGCUGACAUGUCAUUUGGGAUCACGGGUGAUUGACCCAACAACCAUUCUCAAGGACAUUUCGACGGAAGAAGUCAUUUGCUUCAAAAUUGCACCGCUGCUUGGUGGUGGUAAUGCCGUGUCUUUUUCCAAAGGUUGCCAGCCUACAGGCUGCAAGGGUAUUGGAUUCCGUUGUGAAGCCAUCCAGGGUUGCACUUUCACAUCGCAUGAUGAAAAAUACCACAAACAUGGGGAAUGUGGGCCACUCCCCUUCAGAUUGCCCACGAAGAACGCCAAUUGUGCUGCUGUGGUGGAUGAUGGUUUCUCUGGGGAAUGUGGGCCACUCCCCUGCAAAUUGCCCACUGAGUUGUCUGGUGUGGAUCAGGUCUCGGAGGUGGAUGGAACUUCCUGGGAAUGCGGGCCACUCCCAUGCAAAUUGCCCGUGCUGCUUGAUGUGAUUGGCUGCAGUGAUGGUGCUGUUGGUGAUUGUGGGGAAUACGGGGGUGAAACCAUUGCCAAGCAUGAGAAUGCAUCCGAUGAAGAUUUCUGGAAUGCCAUCAAACAUGAAGCCAACAGAGUGCACUUUCGUUUGGUGUAUCGUAAUGAGUUGCAACAGUACAAAAAAGAUGAGCGGAAAAAGCCUCCGGCUAAGCAAAACAAGAAAUCCAAGAACUUUCCGAAAAAGGAGGAAUUUGAAGUCACUGCGACAAAUGUCACCAUUGACAUCAAACACUUCAAGGAUGGAGAGGAUGCAGUUGACAGGUUGGAAUCAUCUAGAUUUGGCCCAGACCAGAGUGGGCUUGCUGUCAUGACGUUAGAAGAGGCUGAUCGUCAUUGUGCCAGUUCACCUAUUUCCAUGGAUGCUCUUGCCAUUCUGGUUGUGGGAAGACAUUUUGGCCCCAAUGAUGAUCCUUUCAUGUUGCCAGCCUUUUCCAACAUUGGGGAACCCAUUAUCAUUCGAGCUGCGCUGCGACAGUUUGGUGACCGCCCUGUCAGCUUUAAGGCUGCCAUCCCAAAUGCUGAAGUUGGAGGAUCAGCAUCAACUGUCAUUGAGUUGCACAUUCUGAGGUCAGAGGUUGGUGUCUGGAAGGAGUGCAGUGUGCCACUUCAUUACCUGGGGGUGCACAUUUCUGCAGUGAGAGGAUCAUCCUUGAUCGCGACAUGGUCCAUGAAGACAUGGAAAAACACACGGCAGCCUGCCCCUUUCAGGGAUGCUGACUAUUGGCAUGGAUUUAUCCGAGUUUCAGAUGACAUUUUGGAUCAGGUAUUGAGCCGUUCUGGACAUGCUGGCAUCUACGUGUCACCGCGUGACGAGAACAGAAGGCAUGAUGAACGUUUUGCAGUUAUUGCCAUGCCUGACUGCGCCCUUCAGGAUGCUCAGAAAAAAGCUGCGGCAUUUGACAAAACUUUGGGAAUUGUGCAUCUUCGUGACCAGUUUGGUAUCAGAUGUCGCCGUGAACAUGCAGCCAAUCUACGUGCAGCCUUGCUCCCUGAAUCAGCAUUUGUUGCCACGGAGGGUGUCAGGUCUGAUGAUAACAUAUGGGUUCUCAAAAAUGUGCCCCCUUCAGUUGGAAAGGACGGUUUAAGCGAAGCACUGGUUCAAUCUGGAUGGGAGGCUCAACCAGUACGAGCCCAAGGUCACAACCGUUGGCUGGUAGCAGCAAAGUCAGAGCCGGACACACGGCACUUUUGCAUCAAUGGCUCAUACGUUUUGGUUGAACCAAUCAAGAGAUCAAGAGAAAAUGGAGCGGUAACCAUUACUGCAAAGCAAGUGAAAGUUGAUGCGCUCAUGAACCCUUCUACAGGGGGAGUACAGAUUGCAGCCACCACAAGGAUCCAGGAGGUCCGGGCUGAAAUCUCUGACCAGAUGGAGAUGAAAAUGCAAGUGGCAAACGACAAGAUUGCACAGUUGUCGAACACCAUUGAGAAGAUGCAAGCAGAACAAAUCAUUAAGGAACAGGAAACCAGAAAUGAACUGGCCAUGGUUCGCAAUGAACAGGCAUUUGCAAAGCAAAAGAUUUCUGAAGUUGAGGCAAGUGUUGUUCAGAGCGGGCAAACGGUCAUUCAGACCAUGCAAGCAAUGAUGUCUCAAAUGCAGUCAUCAAUUGAAACUUCCAUGAAACAAAUGCUGCAAGGCAACAUUGCUGAGGACGGAAAAAGACACAGAUCUGAUCAGCCUGGAAGAAACCCUUCUCCGUGGAUCUUGCAUGCAUGUCGUGUGGGUGAAGCUGACAAUCCAGGUCCCUUGCGCAUUGGCACAUUUAAUCCUCAUCAACUGUACAACAAGGAAGAGGUAGUUGCUGAAUGGGGACCGGGAAUUUGGACGGCUUCGGAGACUUCCCAUACUGUUGAUGCCAUGAAGAAACACACCAGCAAUGCCGGGAUGAUGCGUGGUAGAGCCUCAGGUACAUGUGUGAUUUCACAUUUAAGGCCGAAGCCGUACCCGGCUGUGAGCUCAGAAGUGGUCAAGCAGUCUUCCAGGGCUACCGAGUGUCUUGUGGACGUUGGUAAUGGCACACAUAUGUAUGUAGCAUCGCUGUAUGGCCCCACUCACACAAACACCUUCUUUGAUCCCUGGUCCUUGUUGUCAUCUAUUUGCACGGAGGUUUUUGACCAUGCUAUGGCAUUCAAAGGUCCUGCUGUGGUGAUGGGUGAUUUUAACGUGAAUAUUGAGCAAAUUCCCAGAUGGGCUGCUCUCCAGCGCUUGGGAUGGGUUGAUGCAGCUGCCUUUGAUGCUUGUCGACGCAAAGUUGACCCAAAACCCACGAGUAAAGAUCGGGCCAGGAAAUCAUUCAUACUGGUUAACCCACUGCUUGUUCAGGCGUUAUUAUGGUGUGAUACGGUGGAGGAAUUUGAAUUUGACGCACAUCCACUUUUGGCUGCUGAUCUCAACACCGAGGUGCUCAUGCAACCCAUCACCAAGUGGUGGCUGCCUUUUUCCACUGACAACUACAUGUUUGACCAUGAUCUCAUGGAUGAAAGUGCAAUUGCUCAGACCAGAACCAUGUUCACCAGGUUUCAGGGAGCGAUGGACAAUAAGGACGGAGAAGAAGCCUUGAGACAGAUCAAUUUGGCUUUUGAAAACUGUUUGGUUGACUCAUGCGUUGACUCAACAGGACAACAUGCAUUUCUGCCAAAGAAAUGCCUCGGGCGGUGUAGCAAGGGCACAGCUCGGAAAGUAAGGCCUUCGGCUCCUACUAUCAAGCAUGGUCGACAGGGGGAUUUCAACCCACCCAUUUGCCAGGGAAGCAUGAUAAUUCGAAACAUGACCAAACAGGUGCGCAGACUCAACUGUUUAGAAGCACAACUCUCUGCAGGGAUCAAACGUGGCUGUGCUCAGCCAUCACAGCAAUGUGCUGAUCUGUGGAAAGCCAUCCUUGAGGCACGUGGAUUUCAUCCGAACUUCCAACAGUUUGUGCUUGCAGUGUUCGGUGUUUUUGUCCCCUCUCUUUGCCCCGGACUUGAGUACGUUCAUUACCUUGCUGGUAUGACUAAAAUUCAUGUCCAAGGGAUUGUUGCGGAGACCAAUAAGAAUCUUCGUUUUGCCAGAGAAUGCAAGAUGUUGAAGGAUGUUCAAAACGGAGGGUCACAGGCAUACAAAAGUGUGCGCGAUCAAUCAGCGCCGCCCUUUCAGGCAAUUUUCCAGGAAGUUGCGUUGCAGGUUGUUCCACAAAAAUGGCCGAAAGAUGGACGCAACUGUUUGAAAGUUCAAGGGGAUGUGUCAUGCCUUGAUUUGCAGUUUCCUGUGUAUUUCCAAACGCAAGAAUGUUUUGUUGUCGGGGUUUCCAAUCAACACCUGCACUUGGACAGACAUGUACGGUGGAAGGAUGCCAAUGACUGGAGACUGACACAAAAGAAGGUCAUAGCUGAACCGCAGGCAUUGAUUUCACUCACAGGUCAGGCAUGGUCGGAGAUGUGGCUUCGUGACCCCAUUGAUGACUCUGAUGAAAAUUGGAAUGAUGCAUUGGGAUGCCUGAGAUCCCUACAUGACUUCCCGAGUCUUGAUUUCACUCCGUUGGAUCCAGUUGCAUGGAAGAAACAUGCCGCUGGUGUUAGCCGUAAAAGUGCACGUGGGUCUUGUGCCUACACCGCACGUGAGCUGUUGUUGAUGCCUGACUUGAUUCUUGCAUGGUUGAUUCAAUUUCUUUCUGCAAUUGAAGAAGGCCAAUUCCAGUGGCCGAGAUCUCUCAUGCUUGCGAGAGUUGUGAUGUUGGCCAAAACACAGGACCAACCUGUUGACCCUUUGCAAACCAGGCCAAUAACGAUUGCUUCCAGAAUAUACAGGAAUUGGGCUAAAUACAGAUCAGCUCAGAUCAUACAACAUGUGAGUGGAUUGCUUCCGCCACAAAUUGCUGGCACUGCGUCCGGAGUCAGUGCUGACCUCCUAUCCGCCUCACUUCUGUGGGAUAUAGAAUGCGCGAUGCAAGCCAACAACCCUCGUAUGGGGGUAACUGUUGAUCUCCUCAAAUGUUUUAACAUGAUUCCACGUAAGCCUGUUCUCCAUGCCAUGCGUAGGAUUGGGGUCCCCGUUCAGUUUACUACGGCUUUGGAAUCCAUGUUUUGCCAACUGCGUAGGGUGCUCGAUGUUGCAGGUGAGGUUGGUGAUCCACUGCAAUCAUCAACUGGUGUCCCUGAAGGGUGUGCCAUGUCCAUUAUUGCCAUGUUGUCUCUUACUGCUUGGAUGUCUGAUUUCAUUCAGCUGGCAGUUGGCGCAGAUUCGGCAGUAGUGUUAGCAUAUGCAGAUAACUGGGCAUUUCUGGCGAACAACUUGAAGGACUUGAGCACUGGUUUAGAAGCAAUGGAAAAAGCAGUUGCAAUGUGGAGAAUGCGCAUUUCCACGGAUAAAUCAUGGGCUUGGGCUACGCAUGCUAAGCAAAGAGUGGAACUCUCAUCUCUUAGGCUGAAUGGUUGUCAGAUCCCAUCCAAGCUUGUGUCAGAAGAGCUUGGUUGCGACAUUUCAUACUGCCGCAAGGUGAGCAAAAAGGUUUCGCAAAAAAGGAUUGCAAAAUCGACAAGGGUGAUGAAACGUGUUGCAACCAAAAAGCUACCACAGAGAUUCAAAACAGUCAUGUCCAAACAGCUUGUUGGCGGCAUUUCAGGUUAUGGCAGUGAGCUUGUGUACCACACAGUGUCUGACCUUAGAACUCUCAGAACUGCAGUUUGCAAUGGUCUUGGACGUUCCCGCGCAGGUAACAACCCUUAUUUAUCCACUCAUGUGACGCCGGGUGUUGAGGAUGUUGCUACCUCGUUGCUGCUGCGUAAACUGUUUUUCUGGCGCCGGUUUUUUCGCAUUUUUCCUGGACACAAGGACAAAUUUUUACAGAUGCUGGUACUGGGAACACAUAAGAUUGGUGCCACCGCCUUUUUGAGGAGGACUCUGCAAGAUCAUGGUUGGAAGUGCAAACCUGGUGGAAUCAUUCAACAUGACAGGGGUUGGAAAAUUUGUUGGACCAGCUGUAGUAAACAUGUACUGCGUAAGUUGAUGGCUUUUUCAUGGUCGGCGGUGGUGUGCAAACAUGUGCACCAUAGAAAGGAUUUCGACAUUGAGGGCAUUGAUGUCAAGGCUUUUCAUGCUUCCAUGAGCGCAUUGGAGGAUGGUGCUCGAUCGCAUGCUCUGAAUCUUGCCACAGGGAAGCAUGUCACAAACGAAGCGCUUGUUCAUUACUCCAAAGGUGCCACUUCAGAUAAAUGCCCGUUGUGUGGUGAAAGAGACAGCCGCAGCCACAGGGUUUGGGACUGCGCCAAGACGGAAGAGAUCCGUCGAAAACGUCCCAAGCUGAUGGCUUGGUUGGAGCAGCAAGACAUGGCUGUUAGCUCAUGGGGUUUGAUUCCUUUAGACUUCUCUUGGAUUGAUUGGCGUUUUGACUGCAACCCUAACAUUCCUCAGGUGAUUUGUAAGGACCAUGAUUUGGGUAGACGGGAGAUUGCACAAGUUUUUACGGAUGGAAGUGCGGUUGGUCAAAAUCUUGUUGGCUUUACGCUUGCAUCGGCCGCCUAUGUCCAAUGUACUGAUUUCACAAUCAUUGCAACCUGUGCUGAACCCAUGCCCGGAAAUGAUCAUACAUCUUACAGAGGUGAAAUUUGGGCGCUCAUCAUUGCUUUGCGUGAUUUUAGGCUGGUCCAUGUUUACACGGAUUGUGCUGCCGUUGUCUCCAAUCUUGUCGCUGCCAUUUCUGCCAGGCAAACCGGAACCCAACCGAAGUUUUCAGAUCAUGAUGAUUUGUGGGGAAUUGUUUGGGAAUUGAUUUCAAACCGUGAUCCUGGUUCGGUGUGUGUCACGAAGGUAAAGGCCCAUCAAGACAUCACUUCCAUUGCAGAUCCCUUUGAACGAUGGCUGUGCUUCAUGAACAAUCAGGCUGAUAGUUUGGCCCGCAAAUGUCUGCAUGCAACAUGGAAAGGCUUGGUCAAACAGGUUCAAAAACGCUCUGACCAGCGUAGUCAGGACAUUGAGAU